UAGAACUGAGUCGUUCAUCAUGUUGCUCUCUGUGCUGCUGCUGCUGCUGAUGGUCAGCUGGACAGAAGCUGCUUAUACUGGUACUGUGUUUACACACACAGCUAAAGAUGUACAAGGAAGCAGUUUUACAUUUGUUCGUCGCAUUAAGUUGAGCUUCAGCUCAUGUGCAGAGGGUGAUUCAUACUUGGGUUCUACUAAUAAGAUUGAUGAAAGCAGCGGUGAAUGGUGUCUGAAAGAGCAUACCUGGAAGUUCACUGAUCAGAAUUUAGACUAUCGCUGUGAAUGGUGGACUCCUCCAACCUGGGUAAAUAACAGCAACGGUGUUUCAACUUUCAAAUUUCGGAUCAUAUAUGAGCUGAAAAAACGAUCCGACAUCAACAGACCGAACUCAUCACCACAGACCGGCAUCAUCCCUCUUAUCAGAGUUCCCUCAAACUGUCAGAGGGAUAUCAACUUGUUAACCUUUGACCCUGAUGGAGAUAAUGUUCAAUGCAGAUAUGGUUCUAAUCCCAGUGACUAUGAGUGUUACAUUUGCACAGCACCGUCUGUCCUCAGUGUCUCAUCAGCUUGUUCUCUAUCAUUCAGUCCAACCAGCAGCAGUAAUGAAGGUUCAUAUGCAGUUCAGCUGAUGAUGGAGGAUUUUCCCAGAUGGUCAAUCACUUUGACUCGUUCUGAUGGUUCAACUUAUUCAUGGAGCCCCAGCAACUUCAUGACCCAAAUCUCUGUCCAGUUUGUUUUCAAAGUGGAUCCUGCAGCUCCGUCCUGCACAGCAGGUGAAUAUCUGCCCAGGUUUCUGCCUCCAACUCCUGAACAUGGAGCUCAGUUCUUCAUAGACCUUAAUGAGACGAUAGAAAUCAGCAUCAGAGCAGAGGCGACUCAGUCUGUGAUCACUGGGAUCCAGUUCAGUGGACCGUUCAACAUGGUCAAGAGUUCAUCUGGUUCAGGAUAUUUCACCCUGAGAUGGACGCCGUCUUUCGGUCAAAAUAAUGAUGAUGAAAGUCAUCCCGUCUGUUUUGCUGUCCAGGCAACUGCCUCCAGUUCUGUCUACCAGUCUGAGCUUCGAUGCGUCAUUGUGACGGUUUCAAACAUACCUUUCAUAGUGACUCCAUCUCCUCCUCCUAAAACAUCUGUGACUCCAACCACUGUUGCUCUCCCUUUGACAACUACAAGUCCUCCUCCUAAAACAUCUCAUGUUAAGGUUGUGAAGCUGAAGAUCAAGACUUCGAUGUCACUGAAAGACAAACAAGAUGAACUGGAGAAAGCGAUUCAAGAUCAACUGAUUACAGGAGGGCUGCCUGCAGACAUAAAGGUUCACCUGCUAAGCUUCGGUAUAGCUAAUAAAACAGCUGCCCCCUAGUGGCCAAACAGGAGAAUGAAUCUGAUCCCUGCAGGAAAUUUGAUUUAAUCUUCCUCUAUAUUUUAAAUACUUCAGGGAGUUAUGGUUGUUUUCAGUAAUUUAGUCUGUCAAUGCAUUUAAAAAAAAAUAAAACAGAUAAACUUUCACAAAUUAUUAUUAUAGAUUAUUAAUACAAAGUAAAUAAGGACAAUAUUUGGCAUCAUGUUUUCAUUAAAGCUGAUAUUUACAGAGGGAUUGCUACUCUGUGUUCAUGUGCAGCAUUUCUAUCUCUGGGAUUUUUAUUCAGCUUAAAAUCUUAAAUGCACUGUAAAACAUUUGAGCUGCAUUUAGUUGUGUCUACUAUCUUCUACUCUAUAAGUCAUGUUACUCAGCACUUAGUCUUUCAUUUAUGGGUUAAUCAGUUGUAGUUUAAUUAGUCGGGUUUUCAUCCAUUUAAUCUUUAUAUUUUGUAUUGAUCUUAAACUGAUUGUCAUUCAAUUUUCUUUAUGAACAUUAUAUUUUAUGUGUAUCAAUUCUUUGUAAUCAAUCUUCUGUUUAACUCUGACAUGUGGGGUCACAGAGGGGUCAUUGAGGGGUCAAGGAGAGCGCCUUGUGGUCUCAGAAACCAGUCUGAGGCUGUUUAGGACGGCAGGGAGGAGAACUUAGUGGAACGCUCCAGUGAACUGAUAAACUCAGUCCCACGUCCUUGAGAAGAAUAUUCUGUUCAAAAUGACUCCUGGAUCAUCUGUGGGUAGAAAAUCAUGAUGAAGGAGAGCGUCCAUCUCCUGCCUGCCAAGGUCAGGACGGUCCAGGUAGAAAACCCACCUGGACACAGCCAGGUAUAAAUGAAUGUGAGCUACAACAGUUGGUCAGAUCACUGGGUGAGACACGGUGCUCUCUGAAGACGCUUCUCUGUAUCUAUCAAGGUGAUCAAUGUUUCCUUUUGUUUGUGAUCAUCAAUGAUCAUGUUGGGAUGUUGCUGUGAUUUCAUGCUUUUGAUUGAUUGAAUAAAAUAUUGAUUGAUCUGU